AAAGACGGGCUACAUCCGGGCGUGCUAUUUUGUUAUUCUGGCAGGCUUAACAGUGCUGCCUGAGUUUGAGUUGUAUGAAGAGUAUUUUUCUACAAGCAGAUAGGUUGCAAUUGAGAAUAAGGUUGUGCUGGUAUUAUUCUUUUGUUAAAUAUUCUGUGAAUAGCCAAUGCGACCAAUAAUGUGAUGUAGAGGGAGAGGCAAAGGAGCAGAGAACAGCGCUGGAGGUUUAAAGUCACGGAGGAACAAAAAAGAAAGAGCCAGCCGAGCAGAGCAUUAAUUAUACAGCUCUGUCUUUGCAUCCGACCUGCCGUUCGUCGACCUGUUUUCUUUCAGCAAAGUCUUUUCUGGUGGACAUACAAGUAUGAUAAUGGAAAAAAGACGGUACAUUUGUCGCCUGGUAUUUCAUGGUUUCCAAAUGAUGUGGUGAAGAUGGGACACGGUGGCAUGGGAAGUGAAGCCAGCCCUGGAGGCUGAUGAGACCCAUCUGUUGGCCAAUCAGGAUGCACAUAGCUUCGGUGGGCGUCAACAAGCUCUGCUUCCUGUUGUCCCUUGCAUUCUGCGGCCUCCUGCUGCUACUCAUCCCUGCUCUUCAGCCCCCGGCACGCCAGGGGGACCUGCCUCAGCCCCGACCCGAUGUCAGGCCUGCACGGGCAGCCACAGGCUCAGUCAACACCCAGCCGCACCCUGACAGUCUGGUGUCCAUCCAUUCUGGGGACACAGUAUUGGCCUCGGGGCUGAAUGGGAGCUCAGUGGGGCAAGGGAGCCCCAUAGAGGCUGAAGGCACUAAGAGCAGGGACCAGGGUUCCAGGAAGGGCACAAACUCUCACAGGAGCCCAGAAGCAGGCACCCUCCCUGGGGGAAAGGGUGUUGGACCUCCAGGGUCUAGGUCACGGGACCCAUUGGAGCUGAAGGACAUAUUUAUUGCAGUGAAGACUACCAGAAAGUACCACAAGUCCAGGCUGGAGCUGCUGUUUCAGACAUGGGUAUCCCGAGCCAAAGAACAAACUUACAUUUUCACUGAUGGAGAAGAUAAGGAGUUGCGUAAGAGAGCAGGUGCUAACAUCAUCAACACUAACUGCUCAGCAGCUCACACACGUCAGGCGCUCUGCUGCAAGAUGUCAGUGGAGUACGACAAGUUCAUUGAAUCGCAGAAAAAGUGGUUCUGUCACAUGGACGAUGAUAACUAUGUGAUCCUGCCCAGUCUGCUGCGGCUGCUUUCCUCCUACCACCACAGCCAGGAUGUGUACUUGGGCCGGCCCAGUCUGGACCACCCCAUCGAGGCUGCUGAGAGGGUCAAGAGUGACGGAUCGGUAUCCGUGAAGUUCUGGUUUGCAACAGGUGGAGCUGGUUUCUGUAUCAGCCGCGGUCUGGCGCUGAAAAUGAGCCCAUGGGCCAGUUUGGGGAACUUCAUCAGCACCGCGGAGAAGAUCCGUCUACCUGAUGACUGCACCAUCGGCUACAUCAUCGAGGCCUUGCUGGAGGUGACGCUGACACACACACACUUCUUCCAUUCCCACCUGGAGAACCUACAGAAGCUGCCCACCGACACGGUGCUGGACCAGGUGACUCUAAGCUACGGAGGAUUUGAGAACAGAAGAAACGUGGUCAGUAUUAAAGGAGGCUUUUCUCUGGCUGAGGACCCCUCAAGGUUUAAAACGGUCCACUGCCUUCUGUACCCUGACACCGACUGGUGUCCGAAAAUGAAUCCUCGCCAGAAAAACUGAAACCCGCUCUGCCUUUAUCCCUCAGCACUGAUAGCCACUGUGCCCUUACGCUGCUUCACUCUGCCCAGUCCAGAUAAAGAUACCCUGCGCUCCGUCAGCUCCCUCAGCGGGACUUGCUUUACACCUGCUGUUUAGUGGAUAUUUUUCCUUUAUAUUUUAUCCAGAAGUGCUUUUUUGCCAUUCAAGUUGGCAAGCUAACUCGCCCUCCUGCUUAUCUGGCUUCACGCACUGAGGUGUAAGUCAGCCAAUGAGAUGAUUUCUGCCCUCAGUGCAGUUCUAUCUCAAAGAAAUGUUGAUAAAAAUAAAAGUCAGUGCCAUGCUCUUCCUACUGAGCUACACACAACAGUUUCUAGCAGGUGAUAUGUGAUUUCUUGGUUUCUGGCUUUCAGAAACUUGCUUCGUUUUAUCACCAGCAGCAGACAUGAACAAAUGAAGCUGCCAGUAGUUUGCAGUUUGUUUCACACUUUUUCUUUUGCUGUUGUCAUGUUAUCCCAUAGCAUACAAUUUAACAUUUAAUUCUCCAUGCAGUAUUGACUGAAGUGCAUGAAUGAUGGUUAAAGGGAUAGUUCACCCAUUUUGAAAAAUUAGGUAAUAUCAACGCCACACAUUCUGUUAGACAUCAUCAAACUCAAACUUUACUACUUUAACAGUUUCAGUGGAUUAAGGCAGUUAUUUUUCAGAAUGUUCGCUGGGGGGAAGUCCAAUGAGAGGAAUAUAGCACAGCUACUGUCCUACAUAACAGCUAGAACGGAAGUGAAAUAAUAUCACACCUUUCAAAAUGGGUGAAAUAUCCCUUUAAGGUACUUUGAAGAGGCUGAGUUGGAUGAAAUGAUCUGUCUGGUUUCUUUUUCAAGCUUUUAAUGAAUUUGUUUGGCGUGGACAGCUUGUGGCCACUGCUUUCUCAUGACACUCUCCAGCCAGUGUCGGUGCGUGUGCUUGUGUGCACACUCAUUUUGCAGCCUCUAAUGUAAUUGCUCUGACAAAAGCACAUUUUUAGACAAAUUCCACUGCCUUUUGUCACCAUGUCACCAACCAAUCCCAUGUUUACGGUUUUGCACUACUCGUGUUCACCUUGUCAGUACCUGUAUGUUACCCUCUGUGCGUUACAUGUCUCAGUGUUGGUGUAAAUAUGAGAGCAAACUUCAGUUUUUGUGUGUGCGCUACUGCUGUUGCUAUUUUACAAAAAAAUGUUGGAGGUAGAGCUGCUCUGGAGAAAGAAAGGCAUGUUGAGUUAAACUUAAGUGGGCAGAGCCACAGUUUUUGUCAAGAGAAGGGCAAACGGUGGGAAAGGUGAAGCUUGGUAAGUUAUCCAGGUUAAAACUAACUACAUGAGCCUGUAGUUGUCUAAAUAUGCUAGUUAGCUCCCAAAAUGACAAAAAAAUAAAAAAUAAAAAAAAAUAACCAUUGGUAUUUUUAUUUAUAUUUCAUCAGAGCACCUUCCUAGUAAUUCAAGACUGCUAAAACACUAAAAAAAACAACAAUAACAAUGGUUUGUCUCUGCCCAUUGAGGUUUAUUGCUACAAAUGAGAUUAUUUCUGCCUUCGGAUCAGCUCUGACCCAGAAAAAAAAAGUUUAUAUAAAUCACCAGUCUACCUUUUUGCACAGAAAACUAGAAUCCAAAAUCCAGAGCAUGUAUGCCACUGCAGGUCAGUGGAUGAAAUGGACUCUUGUGUGUGUGUGUUUUUUCCCCUUACCACUGAUGUAUUAUUUUGUUGUUUCAAUAAGAAUAAAACUUUUCUCUGUUA